CAAGGGAAGUGUACUUAAAUGUGAUUUAAUUGUGACUGCAAUGUAUGUAUGUGUGUGUACGUGUGUAAAUGAGCUCCGUGAGUGUACAGGCACCGUGGAGAGACAAUAGAGAGAUCACACGCCCCUACGUACAAUGGUCGGAUGUCUUAUAUAAGUGGCCGUAACCACCGUCUGCUGGACGCUUCCACACAGGAUAUGAUGUAUAACGGCUGGCAACAUACAGUGUACCAACCCGUAGCCCAGCCAGUGGUAUUACCGGCCAGCCUUGCCAAACAUCCUCAACAAUGGAGCAAGCAUGAGGUGGGUGUGUGGCUCAAGUGGUGUUCGGAGGAGUACAGUAUUGACCACAUCCCUCCGGACAAAAUAGACAUGAACGGUAAAGCGUUAUGUCUACUGGGUCGUGAGGACUUCAUGGCAAGGAUUCCAAAAAAUGGUGACCUCUUAUACAACGCCCUACAAAAACUUGUACAGCGAAACCCUGCAAACCUGGUCUGUUCGCCAGUGCCGACGUCGUAUCGUCCGUCCAUACUUCCACCUGUCAGCACCAGCUAUUCAACAGCAGCAUUUCAGCAAAACAGGGGAGAUACUAAUCCUAACGCCGGACUGAUCGUCCUAAGCUCUUCUGAUUCCUCACAUCCUACAACAACGUCCUCUCCUGCUCUUCUAGGACAUCAACAACGUCCACUGGUCACAAUUUUACCUCAGCCACCCAAGGCCACUCCCCUUCAUCUCCAUAACCCGACCGUCGCCAACCAUAACACACCUAAUUUGCAUCAAAAUGACGUAUUAUUACCGCCUACAUCCGUACCAGGAGUCUUAAGCCCCGCCCCUACGAUUGCUGACACUGACAGCGCAUCCGAUGAGGAGCCAGUGACGGACCCGGACGAAGCUGAGAAAAUACAUGAGGAGAAUAACUUAUGCGACACCAUGGCAUUCCCUCCCAACAUGCCGUCGGCACUUUCUUCUGGAGACUCAGCCCUGUCACAUUCGCUCAUGCUCCGCAAACAGGACUCCGAGUGUCGUUUGCUCUGGGAGUUUAUAUAUCAACUGCUACAGAACCCCCAACAUUACAGUAACUACGUGUGUUGGGAGAACACACAUGAUUACGUGUUCCGAAUAAUAAAUCCCACAGGCCUCGCCCAGCUGUGGGGACACCAGAAGAACAGGACCAAUAUGACGUAUGAGAAGCUAUCCAGAGCUCUCAGGUACUACUACCGGAUGAACAUCAUUAAAAAGGUCUCGGGUCGUCGCCUCACAUAUCAGUUUCUCCAAGCUCCGUCCAAAAUCCAAAAGGGUCAGAGAGGUGCGAAACCCCACAGUAAAACCAUAUCACCACCCCAUACGCCGGUCAAGCACGAGGUUGAGGAGGAGGAGAGUUCCGAACGGGUAGAGGAGGUGGAUGAACGAUCACAAACUUCACCCAACAUUCCGUCAAUUAUCAAAUCAGAAUAUCACUCCAGUGACACUUCACAGAAUAACUUCACUAAUCACUUCUGUAAUGAUUUUACGUCUGGACUUCCCUUCAACGACGGUUUUAUGAAUAUUCCUAAAAGUGUUCAUCAGCACGAUGAUGGCAUCAUGAGUGGAUUCCACCUAACAGACACUGCUGAUCACAUUGAAAAAAGUAGAGUGAGUCCGAGUAACUCUUUAUGUCUUGAAGGUGUACCGAAAAUGUUCAAUUCGAGCGGAGUAAAAUCUGAAGGAGGAACGCCGUCUAGGAACUCACCCUUUUCUGAAGACACAGAAACAUCGGUAAAAAUAGAAGCUCAAAGUGAGCCAGAGGAUCUGUCUAUGAACACAUUAAAACGUCAGUACUCGCAGACUUUUAAUAAUACACUGGAGGAAAGUGUUGUGAAACACCAAAGAGACAGCCAUGGUAACCGUUUACCAGUCAACGCGUUAUUUAAACAACUCAGCUGACGGUCAUUCGUGUCACGUCAGGACAUGUGCUGUUAACGGUUUUUACAAAUACCUACACACACAUUUUAUACAUUCCCUACAUUAUAGAGUAGGCAGUACGUUUUCUCGACAGAACAACGAAAGUGUAUCCUUACAGUGCUUUCUAUUGUAUUACGCCCGUAUAGAUUUAUACAUGUUAAACCAGAUGGGUUUUUUUUCAAAUUAUUUUAAAUAUGUAUUUGCAUAUUAGUGAUUAGUUUGAUACUUCCAAAACAUAUUUAUGAGUAAGAAGGAUUCGAGGAUUAGUUUGUGGAAAACAAUUGAUCUGAUAAGUAAAUUAGAUGCUUCCUAAUGUAGUAUUGCGAUCAAAAUUAUUUCCUUCUAAGAUCGCUUUCUUACGACUUCCAUUCCAAAACCCUAUAUUUUAAACAUUGAAUUGAAAGUACUUUCAAUAUUUUAAAAGUUUGUAAAAUAAAUCUAAAUGCAUCUUAUCCUUAGUUUAUAGUAUGCUGGUCAAGGGAGGCUACUCCAUAUUCUACAUACAGAUCAAGUAAGGAUAGAGUUAAUCUCAGUACAGCCAUACAACGGUUCAGUCAUUUAAUUCUCACUCUAAUGAUUACUAGAAACCGAAUUAUGUCAUGUUUUAUUCAAGUUUAGAUAAAAAAAAAGCAUCUUGAGAUAUUCCACAAAUUGUACUAUACUUUAUCGGGUACAAUCAAUAUGUUAUCUUCAAACGUUUCUCUGAACGCAUGAACAAUUCUCAGGAUACAAAAAAUGGGAUCAUUCUUUCCUAAAACGGAUAAUAAAGUGUUUUGAAGCAUUCAUUGUUCAGAUUAAAUGGGUAGUUUAACAAUAGGUAGAUCAACUAGUCUUGCUUCGCAUUAAAUACCUCACUAACAUGGUUUAGAGAUACUUGAAUCACGAUGAGAAAAAAAUAAGUAUAAUAAACACUAUUUUUGAUGUUUCGUAUUUAAAACGAUGUAGAGUCAUCUUUAUAUUUGUUUCAUUUGAAAAACUUCUAUCUAUUUCAAAAGCGAUUUCUCAAUCGAAUGUUAAAUGUAUUUAUCAUUUGACAUCUCGAGGAACUCGACGCCUUGGAAGGGUCUCUUACUAACCAGUCUAUGAAAUAUCUAGAUAAAAUGACUAAUAUGUAACCUAUCAAAAUAUCCAUAAUUAAAUAAAUGUGUUAAAUAUUUCAGAUGCUCUGAUGUUAAGUGUCCCAACCUAGAGUCGAGAAGCUACGAAAUGGAUUUUUUUUUUCCAUACAGUAUAUUAAGCAAGAAAGUCAGGAUUCAAAAACAUUUUCUCAUAAUCGCUACUGAUGUAUUAUGUUCACUUUACUGUAAACAGCUGAAUUUGGUUGUGGAAACAUGAAGAAAAAGCUGUUUCUUACAAAGGUAGAAAAACGUGUGAUUCUGUGUAUCAUUUCGGGAAAUAGAUCAUUGGAGACUAGGUUAAAAGAAGACAACUGCACUCGAACAAUCUGUAGGAUGAUGACUUGUUGAAAAACGGUUGUAACAUAUAAAACUAGAAGUGAUAUAUAUUAUAACUUGAUGAUAUAAAACUGCUAAAGACGUGUUGUCACAUAUGCAAUAAAAUCUGCAAUUUGUUUUUUGUUCUUCAACAUGUCAAAUGUUGGUGUUAUCUAUAUAUUUAAAGAAAAGAAAAAAUCGACCGCGUGCCUGUGCAAUGAACUAUUCAUAAGAAUGUGAAGUGAACUAAUGACAUGUUUAUGUGCUAUAAACCGUUCAUAAGAAUGUGAAGUGAACUUAUCACAUGUUUCUGUGCUAUAAACCGUUCAUAAGAAUGUGAAGUGAACUAAUGACAUGUUUCUGUGCUAUAAACCGUUCAUAAGAAUGGGAAGUGAACGUAUCACAUGUUUCUUUGCUAUAAACCGUUCAUAAGAAUGUGAAGUGAACUUAUCACAUGUUUCUGUGCUAUAAACCGUUCAUAAGAAUGUGAAGUGAACUAAUCACAUGUUCCUGUACUACAAACUCAUAAUAAUGUGAAGUGAACUUAUCACAUGUUUCUGUGCUAUAAACCGUUCAUAAGAAUGUGAAGUGAACUAAUUGCAUUCAUGUUAUUAUUAUUGCAUUUCACCUUAAGUUUUCAAACUACAAUGUACAUUGAAUUGUAAAGAAUAGUUAUGACGUCACCUUAUUUGCAUUGUUACGAAAUGUAAUUUUACGUAUAAACGUGUUAUGUACCAUUAUACUGGUCGUUACAAUACAUUCACUUGUUUUCAAG